CCUGGUUUUCAACUUGUAAGAAAAGUUUGGAAUAAAGUUGUCGGGCUAAACUAGUUUGAGUAGUUGUUGCAGCUCUAGUUUUUUGCUUUUUCAUCCUUUCUUGGUUGACAAUGGAAACUAGUAACCUGAAUAAUGUUACUAACAGCUUACGAGUAAGUAGUUCUUCAAUUUGGAGAAACAAUACGAUGGACGUUUUCUCUAGGUCCGCUCAUGAAGUAGAUGAUGAAGAAGCUCUAAAAUGGGCGGCACUUGAAAAACUCCCUACUUACAAUCGUUUAAAGAAAGGCUUGUUAACUACAUCCAGUGGUGAGGUCAAUGAAAUUGAUGUCACUGAUAUUGGAACAAAGGCAAGAAAGAAAGUGUUGGAGAGGUUGGUACGAGAUGCUGAAGAGGACAAUGAGAAGUUUCUGUUGAAGCUAAGGGAAAGAAUAGAUAGAGUUGGUAUUUGUAUUCCAACAAUUGAAGCCAGAUUUGAGCAUCUAAAUGUUGAGGCAGAAGCUUAUGUUGGCAGCAGAGCCUUACCCACGUUUUUUAACUUCAUUGUUAAUACAUUAGAGAAUUGUUUGAAUUAUCUGCAUAUUCUUUCAAGCAAAAAGAAGCAUGUGACUAUUCUUAAAGAUGUUAGUGGAAUAGUAAAACCUUGUAGGAUGACAUUGCUUUUGGGUCCUCCAAGUUCUGGAAAAACAACACUACUUUUGGCUCUGGCAGGAAAACUUGAUCCAAAUCUUAAGGUUUCUGGGGGAGUGACUUAUAAUGGGCAUGGAAUGAAUGAAUUUGUACCUCAGAGAACUGCUGCCUAUAUUGGCCAACAUGAUGUUCAUAUUGGAGAAAUGACUGUAAGGGAAACCUUGGCUUUCUCUGCAAGGUGCCAAGGGGUUGGAUCACGUUAUGACUUGCUAUCUGAACUGUCAAGAAGAGAAAUAGCAGCAAAUAUUAAGCCUGACCCGUAUAUUGACAUCUACAUGAAGGCAACAGCAUCUGAAGGCCAGGAAGCAAACCAGAUGAUGACAGAAUAUAUACUUAAGAUCUUGGGGCUGGAAAUAUGUGCUGAUACUGUGGUAGGGGAUGAAAUGUUGCGUGGUAUAUCUGGUGGACAAAGGAAGCGUGUUACCACAGGUAGUGAUUCAAUUCAGUUUCUGCAUUCUAUAUUCGUGUCUUGUAAUUUGUAUGGAUCAUUUACAGGGGAGAUGUUGGUUGGUCCAACAAAUGCACUGUUCAUGGAUGAAAUAUCAACUGGCUUGGACAGCUCCACAACUGUUCAAAUUAUGAAAUGUCUUAGACAAAUUGUUCACAUUCUAAAUGGAACAGCAGUUAUCUCACUAUUGCAACCAGAGCCAGAGACAUAUGAGCUUUUUGAUGACAUUAUUCUCCUCUCUGAUGGCCAAAUAGUAUACCAUGGACCUCGUCAGCUCGUCCUUCAGUUUUUUGAAUCUAUGGGUUUCAGAUGUCCUGAGAGAAAAGGUGUUGCGGACUUCCUUCAAGAAGUAACUUCAAGGAAGGAUCAAGAACAGUACUGGGUACACAAAGAUGAGCCAUACAGUUUUGUUAGAGUUAAUGAAUUUGCUGUGGCAUUUCAACGCUUCCAUGUGGGUAGGGAAAUUGGAGAUGAGCUAUCAGUUCCAUUUGAUAGGACAAAGAACCACCCAGCUGCAUUAACUACUAAGAAGUAUGGGGUAAACAAGAAGGAGCUUUUGAAAGCUAACUUCUCAAGAGAGUAUCUGCUUAUGAAGAGGAAUGCAUUUGUUUACAUCUUCAAGCUAUCACAACUGGCAGUGAUGGCAGUGGUAGCAAUGACAGUAUUCAUGCGAACUGAGAUGCAUAGAGAUUCUGUGGAUAAUGGGGGAGUUUACAGUGGUGCACUUUUUUUCACUAUAGUAAUGGUCUUGUUUAAUGGGAUGCCUGAUAUUUCCAUGACUGUAGCAAAACUUCCUAUUUUUUACAAGCAAAGGGACCUCCUAUUCUACCCUGCAUGGGCAUAUGCUAUCCCCAGCUGGAUCCUUAAGAUUCCUGUUACAUUGACUGAAGUUGUGGUCUGGGUAUCUAUCACCUACUAUGUAAUUGGAUUUGACCCCAAUGUUGGCAGGUUUUUCAAACAGUAUUUUUUGUUAUUACUACUUGGCCAGAUGGCUUCUGCGUUGUUUCGUUCAAUUGCUGCAGUGGGUAGGAAUAUGAUUAUUGCUAACACAUUUGGAUCAUUUGCAAUAGUCACACUUCUUACAUUGGGUGGCUUCAUAUUGUCAAGAGAGGAUGUUAAGAAAUGGUGGAUUUGGGGUUACUGGAUUUCACCAAUUAUGUAUGAGCAGAAUGCUAUGAUGGUCAAUGAGUUCCUUGGUCAGAGUUGGAAUCAUGUUCUUCCAAAUUCAACCGAGCCAUUGGGAGUUGAGGUUCUGAAGUCUCGUGGUUUCUUCACCCAUGCAUUCUGGUAUUGGAUAGGGGUUGGAGCAUUGUUUGGGUUUGUUUUUCUGUUGAACAUCACAUUCACUUUGGCUCUCACUUAUCUCAACCCACUAGAGAAGCCACAAGCUGUCAUAUCUAAAGAAGCUCUUGGCAAGAAGCAUAGAGACAAAACUAUAGAAGAUAUUGAAUUAACACUCAACCUCACAGUAAAUGCAACAACAAGUAACAACAUAAAGAUAGGGAACUUAGAUGACAAUGGAACAGAAAGUAUGUCUUCCAGCUCUGCAUCAGUGAGGCCAGAGGCUGAUGUUGAGUCCAGCCACAGGAGGAAAAGGGGAAUGAUUCUUCCAUUUGAGCCACAUUCUCUUACCUUUGAUGAAAUCACAUACUCGGUAGACAUGCCAGAGGAAAUGAAGAAUAGAGGUGUAAUUGAGGACAGAUUGGUCCUUCUGAAGGGAGUUAGUGGAGUAUUUAGGCCAGGCGUUCUCACAGCUCUGAUGGGUGUAAGUGGAGCAGGUAAAACAACUUUGAUGGAUGUGUUGGCUGGAAGGAAAACUGGAGGGUACACUGAGGGGAGGAUCACAAUUUCAGGGUACCCUAAAAGGCAAGAAACAUAUGCUCGAAUCUCUGGCUACUGUGAGCAGAAUGAUAUCCACUCUCCUCAUGUUACAGUCUAUGAAUCCUUACUUUACUCAGCAUGGCUUCGUUUAUCACCUGAAGUCAAUUCUGAAACCAGAAUGAUGUUCAUUGAGGAAGUGAUGGAGCUGGUAGAGUUGAACGUGUUGAGGCAAGCUUUAGUUGGUUUGCCUGGUGUGAGUGGUCUCUCUACUGAACAGCGCAAGAGGCUAACUAUAGCAGUUGAGCUAGUGGCUAACCCUUCCAUAAUAUUCAUGGAUGAGCCAACUUCCGGUCUAGAUGCUAGAGCUGCUGCAAUUGUUAUGAGAACAGUUAGAAAUACAGUGGACACAGGAAGAACAGUUAUUUGUACAAUCCAUCAACCAAGCAUUGACAUAUUUGAAGCUUUUGAUGAGCUUUUCCUACUGAAGCGAGGAGGACAAGAAAUAUAUGUUGGCCCAUUGGGUCGUCAUUCGAACCACCUCAUAGAGUAUUUUGAGCAGAGGAUUGAAGGGGUUAGUAAAAUCAAAGAUGGACAUAACCCUGCAACAUGGAUGUUGGAAAUUACAACUUCGGCACGAGAAAUGGAUUUGAAUGUUGACUUUGCUGAUAUAUACAGAAAUUCAGAACUACAUAGGAGGAAUAAAGCACUUAUAGCUGAAUUGAGCAAACCUGCUCCUGGUUUCAAGGAACUCAAUUUUCCUACUCAAUAUGCACAGCCAUUUCUCAUCCAAUGCAUGGCCUGCCUAUGGAAACAACAUUGGUCAUACUGGCGCAAUCCUCCAUAUACUGCAGUGAGAUUUUUGUUCACUACAUUUGUAGCUUUGAUGUUUGGAACAAUGUUCUGGGACCUUGGAUCCAAAACACGACGGAAACAAGAUCUGUUUAAUGCCAUCGGUUCCAUGUACAAUGCCAUUCUCUUCCUUGGGACCCAGAAUGCCUCUUCUGUGCAGCCAGUGGUGGCCAUUGAAAGAACAGUAUUUUAUAGAGAAAGAGCAGCUGGAAUGUAUUCAGCCAUUCCCUAUGCAAUUGCGCAGGUUGCAAUAGAGCUACCAUAUAUUCUUGCUCAAGCUGUUACAUAUGGCCUCAUAGUUUAUGCAAUGAUCGGAUUUGAAUGGACUGCAUCCAAAUUCUUUUGGUAUCUAUUCUUCAUGUACUUCACAUUUCUAUACUUCACCUUUUAUGGCAUGAUGACUGUGGCUGUAACACCAAACCAACAUGUUGCUUCAAUUGUGGCCACUGCAUUCUAUGGAAUUUGGAAUCUUUUUUCUGGAUUUAUUGUCCCAAGACCUAGUAUUCCUGUGUGGUGGAGAUGGUACUAUUGGGCAUGUCCUGUGGCUUGGACCUUGUAUGGAUUGGCUGCAUCGCAGUUUGGUGAUGUAACAAGUACAAUUGAGUUUAAUGAGACAGUUAAAGAGUUUCUAAGGAGGUACUUCGGUUAUAGAGAUGAUUUUGUAGGAGUUGCUGCAUGUGUAGUUGUUGGGUUUGCAGUUCUAUUUGCUAUUAUCUUUGCUAUAUCUGUAAAGGUCUUCAAUUUCCAAAGGCGAUAGAAUAGAAGCUUUCAAGUGAAUAGCAAAUAGUAUAUAUAAGUCACUAGUGGAUAUAGAAAGAAAAACUAAAAAUAAAAAAUGGGAA